AAAUAAGCCUGUUGUAAUAUCUAUUAUAUCUACAGCACGUCUCAACACACUGCUAUAUAUAUCUUCGUACGCUCAGAAACAUUGAUAUUGAUUAUUUCCUUAAGUUACAACUUGAUUAGUUCACGCAUUUGAUAUUGAUCAUAUGACGACUGAGGUAAACUGAAUAUUCACAAAUGUAUUCCAGCCAUUUAAGUUUCGAGGAAGGCUUUGGAAUGUGCUAGAUCGUGUUAUUAAUACCGUUCAGCCCCUUUUCCUGUUGCUAAGAAACGUUGGGAAAGCAAUCUGACACUUGCUAUCCUCGGUUGUUAUGGAAGUGCACUUAAUGACCUUUGGCUUUCCACCUGGCUACCACGUUGGUAUGCAAUGGGAGAAAGUCGCAAAACCUAGACUUAAAAUUGACACUCAUUAUAAAAUGCUAAUACUAAUUCUAAUAUGAUAGUCAUAAGUUUUUAAAUUUUGUAAUAGAUGAUUGUAAUUACUUUUAUUUUUUCAUUCAGGUGUCGGAACGAAAGGUAAAAAUCAAAUUCAUUCAUGGGUUGUAACAAUUGGUGCAGAUGAUAUUUUCUUUUGGGAGAGUUUAAAUGGAAACAGAUAUCAACAUAUUUCUAUUGAUCCAGAUGCUCCUCCACUUGAUAAAUUAUCAUUAAAUAAUAUUCGUCAUCCAUAUAAAACUAUUGGCUGUUUAUUUAAUGAUAAAUCGUUUUAUGCAAAUGUACAACCAACAUGUAAUGUUGAUACAAGUGUAUUUCGUUUAACAGAUCAAUCAAAAUGGAAAGCAAUGUCAGUUGAUGCAAUUGCAUCAGUAAAUACUCCUGGUCUUGUUCUUACAGCGCCAAUGAUGCCUCAUUUAAUGAGCAAUACACUUGAUCCAGUUGCAUUAUCAAAUGAUAUUGAAAAACAAAUUCGAGCUUUGAUUAUUCAACAUAGAAAAGAUCUUGGUUAUACAACACAAUUUGAUGAUCAUUUAUCAUAUUUAUUAAGCCCAGCACUUUCUUCAUAUGAAUUAGAACGUGUUACAGGUUUAUCUGUUGGUAAUGAAGAAUUUCAAGAAGCUGUUCGACGAGCUGUACCUAAUGGACAUGCUUUCAAAGGUUUUCCAAUUCAAUUUGUUCAUAAAAAUGCACGAAAAGCAUUUGUUUUUAGUUUAAAAAAUAAUUUAUGUGAAGAAAUUGUUUGUUGUCAUGGAGAUCAAGUACGUUUAGCUGUUCGUGUACGUGUAUUUACCUAUCCAGAAAAUGCUCUCGCUACUUGGAUGAUGUUUGCUUGUCGUUAUAAAAGUGUUGGCUCAACGAAGUAUUAA